AUGCUGGUCCCCGCCCUCCUCGUCCUCUUAUUCUGCCUCAGAGGGCGUGCAGGCCUGUCACCCCACUUCCUGCAACAGCCGGAGGACCUGGUGGUCCUGCUAGGGGACGAGGCCCGGCUGCCCUGUGCCCUGGGCACAUACUCGGGAGUGGUCCAGUGGACUAAGGAUGGGCUGGCUCUAGGGGGUGAGAGGGACCUGCCAGGGUGGUCCAGGUACUGGAUAUCAGGGGAUGCAGCCAGAGGCCAAUACGACCUUCACAUUAGGCCUGUGGAACUAGAGGAUCAAGCGGCAUAUGAGUGUCAGGCUACACAGGCAGGCCUCCGCUCUCGACCAGCCCAGUUGCAUGUGCUGGUGCCCCCAGAAGCCCCUCAGGUGCUGGGCAGCCCCUCUGUGUCUCUGGUUGCUGGGGUUCCUGCAAAUCUGACCUGUCGGAGCCGUGGGGAUGCCCGCCCCACCCCUGAGCUGCUGUGGUUUCGAGAUGAGGUCCAGCUGGAUGGGGCUACCUCCUAUCAGACCCUGCUGAAGAAAGGGACCAUUGAGUCUGUGGAGAGCAUCUUAUCCUUUACCCCUUCCAGCCAUGAUGAUGGAGCCACCUUGGUCUGCCGGGCCCGAAGCCAGGCCCUGCCUGCGGGAAAGGACACAGCUAUCACACUGAGCCUGCAGUACCCCCCAGUGGUGACUCUGUCUGCAGAACCACAGACGGUGCAGGAGGGAGAGAAGGUCACUUUCCUAUGCCAGGCCAGGGCCCAGCCUCCUGUGACUGGCUAUCGGUGGGCAAAAGGGGGCUCCCCAGUGCUGGGGGCCCGAGGACCAAUGUUGGAAGUGGUGGCCGAUGCCUCAUUCCUAACUGCGCCAGUGUCCUGCGAAGUCAGCAACGCCGUGGGUAGUGCCAACCGCAGCACCGCACUGGAUGUACAGUUCGGGCCGAUUCUACAGGCAAAGCCGGAGCCUAUGUCUGUAGACCAGGGGGAAGAAGCUUCCUUUAGCUGUGCCUGGCACGGGAACCCGCUCCCACGGGUGACCUGGACCCGCCAUGGGGGUGCACAGGUGCUGGGCUACGGGCCCACGCUGCAUCUUCCCUCGGUGGGGCCAGAGGAUGCAGGCGACUAUGUGUGCAGGGCCGAGGCGGGGCUCUCCGGCCUAGGGGGCGGCGCUGCAGAGGUUAGGCUGACUGUGAACGCGCCCCCAGUAGUGACCGCCCUGCAUUCAUCGACUGCCUUUCUGAGGGGCCCCGCCCGCCUCCAGUGUCUAGUCUUCGCCUCCCCCGCCCCAGAAGCCGUGGUCUGGUCUUGGGAUGAGGGCUUCCUGGAGAAGGGUUCCCAGGGGCGGUUCCUGGUGGAGACGUUCCCAGCCCCGGAGGGCCGAGUUGGACAGGGUCCAGGCCUGAUCUCUGUGCUACACAUUUCGGGAACCCAGGAGUCUGACUUUAGCCGGGGCUUCAACUGCAGUGCUCGUAACCGGUUGGGUGAGGGCAAUACCUGGAUCAGCCUGGGCCAUAGAGAUGUGCUGCCUACUAUGCGGAUUGUGGCUGGGGUGGCCUCCUUGGCCACGACUCUCAUUAUAGUCAUCACUGGGGUGUCCCUCUGGUGCUGGUGCCAAGGCAAGGCCUCUUUCUCCAAGCAAAAGAACCGGGUUCGCAUUCCAGGCAGCAGCCAUGGGUCCAGUUUGCGGGGCCCUGAGGAAGAGGAGACAGGCAGCAGUGAGGACCAGGGCCCCAUCAUGCACAUGGACAGCAGUGACCUGGUUCUGGAUGAAGAGGGGGCUCUGGAGACUAAGGACCCAACCAACGGUUACUACAAGGUCCAAGGAGUCAGUCCACUCUCGUCUCCAAACGCAUGUGUAGCAUCUCUCCAACUCAAAAGUGCUGGGAUCUUCAACUUGCCAUAACAGAUUGUCCUGAUUUCUAAAGAACCAGAGCAAGUUAGCGAACCUACUCCUCCAAAACUAAACAUUGAGGAGAGUGACAGAUCAUUACUAUUGCCUAGGUUAUUGAUGGACGAUUUGCUUAGCCAAAGGGGAUGCCCUAAGUGGGAGCAAGAUGGCCACUAUGUCCACCUAUUCCCCUGUAUAAAAGAGAUUCAAGAUGUCAAAUGGUCCCUUCACAGAGGAAUAGAGAUGGGGUGAUGGGAGUUAGAGGCAGAUGUAGAAGUUGUUUCCAGAUGCUGAAGGAAGGUAUUUCAAGAUGAGCACUUGAAUUGAGAAGAAAGAUAACAUAGGGAGAUUAAGAUGGAGCCCUAGCUGGUUUGGCUCAGUGAAGAGUGUCAAUCUGAAGACUAAAGGGUCCCAGGU